AUGCUUGUCACCCGGUUCAUCCCGUCAAUCGCCAAUUUUUCAUCCCGUGGUCAUAUGACUCUAUUCUCAUGGCAAGAUUCUAUCUAUCUAUCUAUCUAUCUAUCUAUCUAUCUAUCUAUCUAUCUAAGCCUGUUCAUAUCUAUGUAUCUAAGACUGUUCAUAUCUAUCUAUCUAUCUAUCUAUCUAUCUAUCUAUCUAUCUAAGCCUGUUCAUAUCUAUGUAUCUAAGACUCCUGUUCAUAUCUAUCUAUCUAUCUAUCUAAGCCUGUUCAUAUUCAUCUAUCUAUCUAUCUAUCUAUCUAAGCAUGUUCAUGUCUAUCUAAGCCUGUUCAUAUCUAUCUAUCUAUCUAUCUAUCUAUCUAUGUAUCUAAGACUGUUCAUAUCUAUCUAUCUAUCUAUCUAUCUAUCUAUCUAUCUAUCUAUCUAUCUUUUUCAGAAAAAUGAUAACGUAAAAUCUAUCUAUCUAUCUAUCUAUCUAUCUAUCUAUCUAUCUAUCUAUCUAUUAUUUUACUCUUUCUAUUUUUCUUCUUUCCUGAAUUUAAUUUUUCAUCUUUUGUUUAUUUCUUUUUUCUUUCAUUUUCAAUUAUUUUUUCCUUUUCUUUUUUUCCUGAUUUUAUUUUGUUUUCAUCCUCUUUGUUUUUGUCUCUGUUGUUCUUCAAUUCAUUUAUUUUUCCAUUUCUUCUUUUCUUUCUUUCCUGAAUGUUGUUUGUUUUAUCCUCUCUUUCUUUCUUUCUUUCUUUCUUUCUUUCUUUCUUUCUUUCUUUCUUUCUUUCUUCUUCACCUUCAUUAA